AUGUCGGACCUUCAAGGACGGAAGGUCUUCAAGGUCUUUAACCAGGACUUUAUCGUCGACGAGCGCUACACGGUGACCAAGGAGCUUGGACAGGGAGCCUACGGUAUCGUCUGUGCCGCCGUUAACAACCAAACCAACGAGGGCGUCGCCAUCAAGAAGGUCACCAAUGUCUUCAGCAAGAAGAUUCUCGCCAAGCGCGCUCUGCGCGAGAUAAAGCUGCUUCAGCACUUCCGAGGCCACCGCAACGUGAGUUCCGCCGAGGCGCAACGAGUACCAGGGUCAAAGCAGGGACGCAUCACAUGUUUGUACGACAUGGACAUUCCUCGACCCGAUAACUUCAACGAGACGUAUCUGUACGAGGAGCUGAUGGAGUGUGAUUUGGCUGCCAUCAUCCGAUCUGGCCAGCCUCUUACCGAUGCCCAUUUCCAAUCCUUUAUCUACCAGAUCCUUUGCGGUCUCAAGUACAUUCACUCCGCCAAUGUGCUCCACCGAGAUCUCAAGCCCGGAAACUUGCUCGUCAAUGCCGACUGUGAGCUCAAGAUUUGUGAUUUCGGUCUUGCCCGAGGUUUCUCAGUCGAUCCCGAGGAGAAUGCCGGAUACAUGACCGAGUAUGUUGCUACCCGAUGGUACCGUGCGCCCGAGAUCAUGUUGAGCUUCCAGAGCUACACCAAAGCGAUUGAUGUUUGGUCUGUUGGUUGUAUUCUCGCUGAGUUGCUGGGUGGCCGACCUUUCUUCAAGGGCCGUGACUACGUCGACCAGCUCAAUCAGAUUCUUCACAUUCUUGGAACUCCCAACGAAGAGACCCUCUCUCGCAUUGGCUCACCCCGUGCUCAGGAAUACGUCCGCAACCUCCCUUUCAUGCCCAAGAAGCCAUUCCCUAGCCUGUUCCCUCAGGCUAACCCUGAUGCUCUCGACCUUCUCGACAAGAUGCUCGCCUUCGACCCCUCAUCUCGUAUCAGCGUAGAGCAAGCUCUCGAGCACCCUUACCUCCACAUCUGGCACGAUGCCUCAGACGAGCCCGACUGCCCUACCACAUUCAACUUCGACUUCGAGGUCGUUGAGGAUGUUGGCCAGAUGAGAGGCAUGAUCCUGGACGAGGUGAUGCGAUUCCGACAGACUGUCCGCACUGUUCCUGGCCAAGGUGGCCCUGCCGGUCUCCAGAACCAGCAGGGUGUGCCCGUUCCUCUGCCUCAGAGCAACAGCCAAUGGACAGCGGAGGACCCCCGACCACAGGAGUAUCAGGGCCAUGGAACCACGGGACUCGAGCAGGAUCUCCAGGGAGGACUGGAUGCCUCCAGGAGAUAA